CUUCCUAUGCUUUGCUUUCCGCCCUCUAGCGGCAGACAGCUGGCGCCCAUUCGGCGUCACGGCUCCGGGCUUGACGGGCUCCUUCCGUCCCGCUGUCAGAGUGGAACUUCCCUCCAGUCGGAUACCGCAAGACGAAGCGUGGACUCUCGGGGGAGGUUCGCCUUGAUUCCUCCGCCGCCGCUUCUUCCUACGCUUCGUUUUCCCCUCCCGGUGAGAUGAGGCGGAGGGAAAAAAGGCUGCUGCAGUUCGCCGGGCUUCUCGUAGCGGCUUUCGUCUUCCUCCCCAACGUCGGCUUGUGGUCGUUAUACAGGGACCGGGUGUUCGACAACCCGCCGGACGCGGCGGCGGCGGCAGCGGCGGACGGCCAGGGCGUCGGACCGCAGCUUCAGGGUGUUAACAAACUGCGGAAGGACAAUCGAGUGGACAGGAAUGGUCUUCAGAGGAAAGACUGGCACGACUAUGAAGCAAUCAAAAGGGAUGCCUCCAGAUCUGGGAACGGCGAGCAGGGCAAACCGUUCCCCCUGGCGGACGCCGACCGGGUGGACCAGGCCUACCGGGAGAACGGUUUCAACAUUUACGUCAGCGACAGGAUCUCCCUCAACCGGUCCAUCCCUGACAUCCGACAUCCCAACUGCAAACGGAAGCUGUACGCCGAGAAGCUGCCCAGCACCAGCAUCAUCAUCCCGUUCCACAACGAGGGCUGGUCGUCGCUGCUGAGGACCGUCCACAGCGUCCUCAACCGCUCGCCUCCGCAGCUCAUCGCCGAGGUCAUCCUGGUGGACGACUUCAGCGACAAAGAGCACCUCAAAGCAGCCCUGGAUGAGUACAUGAUCCGCUUGCCCAAAGUGCGCAUCCUGAGGAGCAAGAAAAGGGAAGGUCUGAUCCGGACUCGUCUGCUGGGCGCCGCCGCCGCCAAGGGCGAGGUCAUCACCUUCCUGGACUCGCACUGCGAGGCCAACGUCAACUGGCUGCCGCCGCUACUCGACCGAAUCGCCCAGAACCGGAAGACCAUCGUGUGCCCGAUGAUCGACGUGAUCGACCACGACAACUUUGGCUACGAGACGCAAGCGGGCGACGCCAUGCGCGGGGCCUUCGACUGGGAGAUGUACUACAAGCGCAUCCCCAUCCCCGCCCGCCUGCAGAAGGACGACCCCAGCGAGCCCUUCGAGUCUCCGGUGAUGGCAGGAGGCCUGUUCGCCAUGGACAGGAAGUGGUUCUGGGAGCUGGGAGGCUACGACACGGGUCUGGAGAUCUGGGGAGGAGAGCAGUACGAGAUCUCCUUCAAGGUAUGGAUGUGUGGCGGGCGCAUGGAAGACAUCCCGUGCUCCCGGGUGGGACACAUCUACAGGAAGUACGUCCCCUACAAGGUGCCUGGAGGGGUGAGCCUGGCCAGGAACCUGAAGCGCGUGGCCGAGGUGUGGAUGGACGAGUACGCCGAGUACGUGUACCGGCGGCGGCCCGAGUACCGCCACCUGUCUGCGGGCGACAUCGCGGCGCAGAAGGAGUUGCGCAGCCGCUUGGGAUGCAACGACUUCAAGUGGUUCAUGAGCCAGGUGGCCUGGGAUCUGCCCGAGCACUACCCGCCCGUGGAGCCCCCCGCCGCCGCCUGGGGCGAGAUCCGAAACGAGGUGAGCGGCAUGUGCGUGGAGACGAAGCACUUUGUGUCGGGAAGCCCCAUCCGCCUGGAAAACUGCGGCAAGGCGCGCGGCGACGUCAGCUGGAGCCACGGACAGGUGUUCACGUUGGGUUGGCGCCAGGACAUCCGCGUGGGCGACCCCAUGCACACCAAGAAUGUUUGCUUCGACGCCGUCUCCCACAGCAGCCCCGUCACGCUCUACGACUGUCACGGCAUGAAGGGAAACCAGCUGUGGCACUACCGCGAGGACAAGAGCUUGUACCACCCGGUGAGCAACAGCUGCGUGGACGGCAACGCGGCCGAGCGGCGCCUCUUCAUGAACACGUGCGACGCCUCCUCGCCCAGCCAACGUUGGCUCUUCGAGAAGAUCAACGGCACCGUUCUGGAGCGCUUCAACCGCCGCGCCGCCGAUUGACCGCCCCCCCCCCCCCCAGCCGGUACCGCCCGCUGCUGCUGUUUACGCUCUGCCCACCGGGAUGGGCGCCCGCCCUCGUUGGCCCCCCGACUUUGAUUGAUGGCAUUUUGAUGCCGUGUUCUUACUCCUGGCUAUUCCU